AAUGUCUUCUUUCUGUUGACUCUUUUUGGGAAUAAGGAGCAACAGGCUUCUGUCUCCCCUCAUCCUCAGCCUCCCGUUCAACUUGUUUAUUCUCCCAGAAACCUCCUUGUAACAUACUUUCGUUUCCCCAGUUUUCCUUAUGCUUGAAAAGUAGACCCAAGAUAACAGUCCUAGAAACACACACAAUGGUUUCUUUUUCUUUUUUUUUUUGAGAUGGAGUUUUGCUCUUUUUGCCCUGGCUGGAGUGCAAUGGCACAAUCUCAGCUCACUGCAACCUCUGCCUCCCAGGUUCAAGCGAUUCUCCUGCCUCAGCCUCCCAAGUAGCUGGGAUUAUAGGCAUGUGUCACCACGCCCAGAUAAUUUUUUUUUUUUUUUUUUGUAUUUUUAGUAGAGAUGGGGUUUCUCCACAUUGGUCAGGCUGGUCUCAAACUCCCGACCUCAGGUGAUCUGCCUGCCUUGGCCUCCCAAAGUGUUGGGAUUACAGGCAUGAGCCACCACGCCCGGCCAGAAACACAACGGUUUCUACUGGUUGUUUUGCUUGUUUGUGUAAAGAGCAACUUUGAGAGGGAUAUAUGGAGUCUGGAAAGGAGAACAAAUUGCCUUCCUAGACUCAACCAAGACUGGCCCCCACUAGAAAAUGCACUCUCCUCCCCAAAACCCGCCCCCUCACAGGAGGCAGGGUUUUUCUUUUGGGCAAACCUGCUCCUGGGGAGAGGAGUGGCAAAACCUGUUUUGAGGAUGAGGUUACCUCCCUUCCACACCUCCCUCCUUGGAGGCAAGAGCUACAACAGCUGAGACAGAAAAGAGGUAAGGAAGUGUUGGGGGCUGGGACAACCAGCUCCCCAACAACUCCUAGGUGUUUAAAGAAGGAGGCAGGAAGACUUGUGAAGAUGGGAACUAUACAAGAGGCAGGAAAAAAGACAGAUGUUGGGUGGAGCAACUGCUACAGAGGUAAAUAUGAUUAACUUUACAUUCCAUCUUUCGUCUGCUCCCAAACUUAACAGCAGGUAAUCUGCUUCUAGCAAGUGGUGAAGGUAAGAGAAACAUCUGUAUAGGAGGCAAGAGAUCUGAGUCCUUUUGAAGACCUAUCCUCUGUAUCUCAAUUACUGUUCUUCAUUUCAAUUAUUCUUACCUACUAUUCAGUUCCCUUGAUCUUUUCUUCUUGGGGGCUGUCUUAGGGUCAGGGAGAUUGCAGAAGCACCAGAACUAGGAGCAGCCCUGAGACAUGGGGAAUUGGAGCUGAAGGAGGAAUGGCAGGAUGAAGAAUUCCCUAGGUGAGGACGUGUGAGGGUGGCUGGGAGAAGGGAGAGAUGGUCACGAAUGGACGGAGGGGAUGGCGCGGCGGCUCAUGGCUGUAAUCCCAGCACUUUGGGUGGCCGAGGCGGGGGGAUCACCUGAGGUCAGGAGUUUGAGACCAGCCUGACCAACACGGUGAAAUCCCGUCUCUACUAAAAAUACAAAAUUAGCCAGGUGUGGUAGUGCAUGCCUGUAAUCCCAGCUACUUGGGAGGCUGAGGCAGGAGAAUCACUUGAACCUGGGAGGCAGAGGUUGUAGUGAGCUGAGAUUGUGCCAUUACACCCAAGCCUGGGCAACAAGAGUGAAACUCUGUCUCAAAAAAAAAAAAAAAAAAAAAAAAAAAAGCAAAUGGACGCAGGGAUGGUGAAUUAGGACUUGAAGGAAAAAAAUGGGAAAAAGAAAACAGAGGCUGGGCGUGGUGGCUGAUGCCUGUAAUCCCAGCAUUUUGGGAGGCCGAGGCAGGUGGAUCACUUGAGCUCAGAAGUUCAAGACUACUCUGGGCAACAUGGCAUAACCCCAUCUCUACAAAAAUACAAAAUUUAGCCAAGUGUGGUGGUGCACACCUGUAGUCCCAGCUACUCGGGAGGCUGAGGUGGGAGGAUCGCUUGAACCCUGGAGGUAGAGGCUGCAGUGAGCUGUGAUUGUGCCACUGCAUUCCAGCCUGGGCAACAGAGUGAGACCCUGUCUCAAAAAAACAAUUAAAAAAAAAAGCAUAGGUGAUAAAAUUAUGGUGGGGAGAGAGAACCUAUAUAUUGAGUCCUGGCUUGAUGCCUUUGGUGUAUAUGUCUGCCGCCUUUUAAUCUCUUCCCCUCUAGAUUGCUUCCUGAGAAGGUUGGCACUUCUGAAGAUCCUGAAGACCCUAAAGGAGAUUCACAGGCAGCUGCAGGUACCCCCAGCACUUUAGCCCUGUGUGGCCAGCGCCCCAUGCGCAAGCGUCUUUCGGCCCCAGAGUUGCGGCUGAGUCUGACUAAGGGGCCUGGAAAUGAUGGAGCUUCACCCACCCAGUCUGCACCUUCCUCUCCUGAUGGCAGUUCUGACCUGGAGAUAGACGAAUUGGAGACACCUUCAGACUCGGAGCAGCUGGACAGUGGACAUGAAUUUGAAUGGGAAGAUGAACUACCCCGGGCAGAGGGUCUGGGCACCAGUGAGACAGCUGAAAGGCUGGGCCGAGGUUGUAUGUGGGAUGUGGCUGGAGAAGAUGGACAUCACUGGAGGGUGUUCCGAAUGGGACCACGGGAGCAGUGCGUAGACAUGACUGUCAUUGAGCCCUAUAAGAAAGUCCUGUCUCAUGGAGGUUACCACGGUGAUGGCCUCAAUGCUGUCAUCCUUUUUGCUUCCUGUUAUCUACCCAGAAGCAGCAUCCCCAACUACACCUAUGUCAUGGAACACUUGUUUAGGUAUAUGGUGGGAACUCUGGAGCUGCUAGUAGCUGAAAAUUACCUGCUUGUUCAUUUGAGUGGAGGCACAAGCAGGGCCCAAGUUCCACCUCUAAGCUGGAUACGUCAGUGUUACCGUACCCUGGAUCGGCGGCUACGGAAAAACCUGCGAGCCCUGGUGGUUGUCCAUGCUACGUGGUAUGUGAAAGCAUUUCUGGCACUGCUUCGGCCCUUCAUCAGUUCCAAAUUCACACGAAAAAUCCGUUUUCUGGACAGCCUGGGGGAGCUGGCCCAACUCGUAUCCCUGGAUCAAGUCCACAUCCCUGAAGCUGUCAGACAGCUGGACCGGGAUCUCCAUGGCUCAGGAGGGACCUAGCACAGGACUGGAUAAAGGGCCUUAGAACCAGUUAGUGAUCUGCCUACACCCGAAUCCCUGAAACAUCUGAACUGUUUUGUAAAUCAUCUUAUCCCCAACCUCAGUACCACCGGAUCUUCACUUCUCAGUGGGAUUUUGUCCUUUGCAUGACCCUACUUUCAGCAGGGCUUUGAGGCUGGGAAACUGAUCUGCUGGGUGACUUUCAUUCCAGUUGCUGGGAUGGAAGGCUGAACGUAGGGUCAUUUUGUAUGGGAUAUGCAGAGCUCUGGGUUUUUUUGUUUUUUGUUUUUUGAGACGGAGUCUCGCUCUGUCGCCAGGCUGGAGUGCAGUGGUGCGAUCUCGGCUCACUGCAACCUCCGCUUCCCGGUUCAAGCCAUUCUUCUGCCUCAGCCUCAGCGAGUAGCUGAGACUACCGGCGCACGCCACCACGCCCAGCUAAUUUUUUUGUAUUUUUAGUAGAGACGGGGUUUCACCAUGUUGGCCAGGAUGGUCUCGAUCUCUUGACCUCGUGAUCUGCCCGCCUCGGCCUCCCAAAGUGCCGAGAUUACAGGUGUGAGCCACCGCGCCCGGCCAGAGCUCUGGGUUUUAAUCCUACUUUAGCUGUAGAACCUUGGGCAAAUAACUUCAUCUUUUUGGGUCCUAAUUUUCCUCCUCUCUAACUGGAGAGACUGUGAUCCUUCCACCUUGGAUGGAAGAGGCUUACCUGACAGCCAGCCUGCCUGCUGGGAGCCAGGAGAGUCAGCUCAUUAAAUCUUGAAGAACCGCUGUAUGCCCUUUUUCCUUCUAAGUCAUGUCUGCUGCCUGUGAGCCUGGGAAGGAGUGCUUUCAAAACCUGUAUUUUUGCCCUCUUUAGUAAAUUUAGAACUGUAGAGGCUAAUAAACUGCGAUGAGACAUUUAAGCUCUGCUCCAAAGAA